AUGAAAAAGAUAUAUAUUGCCCUAUACAUCAACAAUUUUAUUGGUGUAUUCUCCAACAAGACGUUCAAUCAUGGACUAUUUGUAUGGAAACCCAAUCUGAACUAUAUUGGUGAGAUUCUGGAAUAUUUAGGAAUUGAAUUUCAGAAAAAUGCUUUUGGCUAUGAACUUCACCAAAACAAGUUUGUUAAAAGAUUGAUUGAAGCUUUCCCAACAGAAAUAAUGAAAGGUGCUGAUCUACCACGUACUCCAGAUAAUAUUUUCAAGAAUGAAAAAUAUAAAAUCAUUGAUGAUAACACAGGUAAACCUUUAAAGAACCAGAAGGAUAUACCAAUACCAGACGAAUACAUUUAUGAAGAUAGUAAUUCUCCCCGUUUGGACAAAGAACAUCAUGAUUUAUAUCGGAGUAUUGUGGGUAUGUUAUUGUGGCUAACAAAUAAUACCAUGCCAUCAAUUUCAUACGGAACUAAUGCUCUCGCAGCAAAAUGCCACGAACCCACAGAAAAUGAUUACAAACAUCUUAUGCAAAUGAUCAAGUAUUUGUACAAAAAUAACAAUGAAAGAUUAAUCAUGAGACGGAAUCAAACGAAAGACAUUAGUGAGGAUUCACAUGUGAUCUAUGCUUAUUCUGAUGCUUCAUUUGCGGCAGAUUUGGAUAGGCAUUCUGUUUCAGGUUUUGCCAUUUAUCUCAAUGGUAAUCUUGUAUCUUGGGGGACUAAGAAACAAAGGAGUAUAACAAAAAGCUCCAUGGCAUGUGAGUUAAUUGCAUUAGGGGAGACUGUUGAUAGAUCUAUGAUUAUCAGACAAAUUGUUCAAUCAAUUGGUUACAGUGCUCCCAAGAUCAUUAUAUUUGAGGAUAACCAGCCAGUAAUUAUGAAUUCCUAUAAUCGGAAAUCUUCUGCUAUCAGAAGACUGGUGGAUAUAUGUCUUAAAACAAUCAGACAACUUAUUCUCGAAUAUAAACUACUUUCUGUUGUGUACAUCAAUACCAAACUCAAUGUUGCUGACUUAUUAACUAAGGCAGUGAACAAUAACACCAUGAAAACACUUAAACCUUUAUUAUAUGACAAAGGGAACUUGGACGGCGUAAGAAAAUUGAUUAAGGAUAAUUUUACUUCGCAUAGACCGGUCGAGAUGGGUCAACACAGCUUGGUUUAUAAUAUUAUAACUCCAACCGAGGAAAUUAAGGAAUCCUAUUAUGUUGCACCUAAUAACGUUCAAAGUAAAGUGGAAUCUCGGAAUAAUAAGCAUCCGGAGAUUAGUGGUGGUAUUGCUCGUAUAAAGAGAUUGAGUAUGUCCUAA